AUGGAAAAACCAGAUUCAGCCAUCCCGAAGGAACUGACGGAAACUUGUGUUAUCCAAGCUGGGAAGGAGGAGAAAGACUGGGAAAGGAACCUGCAGAGUGUCCAGUGUGAGGAUGCUGUAGCUUCUGGCGUACAGUAUCAGCGCUCUGUACAGUUCCAUUGCCAGGAACCUCAGUGUAUCUCAAAGGUUUAUGACCACAGUCUUUGCCAGCAAUGGCUGAAGCCGGAAAGACACACCAAGAAGCAGAUCUUGGACCUGGUGAUCCUGGAGCAGUUCCUGGCCAUCCUGCCCCCAGAGAUGGAGAGCUGGGUGAGGGAAUGCGGGCCGGAGACCAGUUCCCAGGCAGUGGCCCUGGCAGAAGGCUUCCUCCUCAGCCAGGGAGGGUAUUUGAAGCAGGAAGAGCAGGUGCCAGGGUUCUUCACAGAAGGUGCUGCAGGGACAGAGGAGGUUCUGACAGACACUGUUCAGAGGGUGCUGAUCAGGGGGAUUGCAUGGGCAGGAGACCAAGAUGCUGCCUUAAUGGGAAUCUCUGGGGAUUGGAAGAACCACUUGACUGUGGCACAAAGUGAACUCUUUGACCAUGUCUAUCGGGAGAAUAUGCAGGGUGUGAGCAUGAUCUUCCCAUGGGACUGA